AUGGAAAAUUUGAAACUCCCCCAGCCAGCUCCACCAGCCAGCAACCACAUCCGCCAUGAAGCUCUAGAAGCUCAAUAUUCCUUUACUAACCCUGAAGCUCAAGAUCCGCCAUCAACUCGAGCGAAAACUGUUUCGGUCCCAUGUCUUCAUUGUGGCUCUUGUCUGAAAAAAACGUGGUCAGUACAUCUCCUUCAACACAUCAUCACUCAUGCGUCGACUCGUCGAUUUCGAUGCUCAAAAUGUGACACCACGAAUCAUACACUCGCCGAACUCAAAAGGCACCACAUAAAGUGUCGAGGAGAAACGAUCGAUGCCAUAGACUCAAAAAUGAUUGAGGAGUGGAGUUGGCAACUUAAUAAUGACGCGUUUAUG